ACGAAUGUAUAUUAGACGUCCUUAUAAUUGCAAGUUCAGACUAAAACAUCAAGCAUAGUCUCUCAAUACAAUAUAAUCGGACAACUCCAACGUUAUCCUUACGAUUUCGACGAUACCUUAUAUCUCCUAUUCGAGAUGUCCACUUUCCUAGUCACUCUUGCUACUGGUCAACAAGGCAGAGCAACAAUUGCAGCUCUGCUCAAAGGCGGUGCCAAAGUACACGCGGUAGUCCGAGACCCUACCAAGCCAACCGCCCGUGAACUUGAAAGCCAAGGUGUCGUCCUAUUCAAGGGCAGUAACGACGACAUCGACGUCUUUAGCAAUGCAGCUAAGGGAUGUAAAGGCGUCUAUCUAAACCUCCUUUCGUGGCCAGACAACUUGGACCCGGGUCGACAGGCAGCAGAUAUCCUCAAAGCCUGCAAGGAAGCCGGGGUAGAGCACGUGGUAGCCUCUACUGCGGGAUGGGUAGGCGAUAGGGGAAAAUGGGAUAAUCCUCUUAACAGGAACGAGUGGCUGAGGGGGUUUUGCAAGAACGACGCGCUUGUUGAAGAUGCGGUCCGUCGCUCAGGAAUCAGGUAUCUCACGAUACUUCGUCCGUUUUGGUUCCAUUCGAACUACCUUCCGCCCUUCGUGCAAGAGUUUUAUCCGGAACUCGUCAAAGAAGGAGAACUAGUCCACUCGUUCAAUCCAGGAGUUGUUUUCCCACAUAUCAACGUGGAUGAUAUUGGGCGGUUCGCAGCUCUGGCACUCUUUGAUCCAGCUACAUUUGAUGGCGAGGAAAUCGAAUUAGCCAGUCAGAAUCUCACGAUAGAUGAUGUAGCCGAUGCAAUUCGGAAAGCCACGGGAAAGCGCAUUACAGUUCGCACUCGGACACUCGAAGAAACAGACGACUCGAAUCCGAUUGUAGCAUGGCAUCUCUGGGCUAAUGCGGUUGAUCUGACAGUUGAUACGGAGGCGCUCGAACAGAAGUACAAAUUUCGCUUCACGACGCUUCAGGAGUAUCUAACUCAAGAGAAAGCGCAACUAGGAUACUUAGCAUAAGGGACGGUUGGCUGCGGAAUAGGGGGCGUAUGAAAUGCAAUAACGAAUAAAUAAUGAAUGACUGCGGUAUCACGUUCUUGACACUAUUGAGGUAUAACAAUAAUUAAUUAUAC